AAUUCAUUCUCUCAUAUUAUUGACACUAUAGAUUCGUGCUCUCUCGGUAUAAGUAAAUAACGCCUUUGUCAACUACAUCCACAAAAAUGGGUCAACUUCAAAGCAUGAUGUAUGAAACCCGAGUCGAGUUUGAUGAGAACGGCAACAACGGUUUGGUGGUAAUGGACAGAUACUUACCUGAAGAGUUAUUGAGUGAAAUAUUGUUCCACGUCGAUCAUAAGACUCUGUUGAAUUGUCAACUCGUUUGCAAGCGGUGGCAAUCAGUUUUGCAAAAUUAUGUGUGGAAGAGAAAAGCGGAAGCUGUAAUUGAACGACAUCUAGACUUCUGUGAAGAAAUAUCCUGGUUCCUUUACUACAGUAUCUGCGCUAAAAAAUCCUUGGAAAAAAAUUUAAUCAAGAACCACUCUGGCAAAAAUGGGCCAAGAAAGCAUUGGAAGAUAAUAACUGAAAAUGGAGAUAAUUGGGGAGUAGAAUGCCCCCCCAUCGGCGCUCCGCCGCUGCCCAUUUCUGAGCCUGUUUUUGAAGGCAAACAACAUUGCUUUGUCACAUCCUACUAUAACUGUAGCAAGCAACAAACUAUAGAUUUAAUUGCCGAGGGGUUGCUACCACAACUACUAGACAUAUUUCAACCACCCAUUGUGGUCAGCGAGUGGUACUGCUCCAGAGAAGAUUGCCCAGCUUCAUAUGAAUGUUCAGCUACACUAAUCGAUAAUUUUGGAAAAAUUAUGGACACCACUGAAUUCCGCGAUACCCUUGAAAAUGAGAGGCAAAACACUUGGUUUUAUAUCGAACAUGAAUUCACAAAUUAUGGGCCUGGAUUGAGGAAGGUGAUCUUUCAGCAUGCAGGUAUAGAUAGGAGGUUUUGGUCAGGACAUUAUGGCAGUAAAAUGGCUGGUGCAUGUGUUAAAGUAAAUCUUCCAAAAUACGAGUCUAUGAAUAUUAGAGAAACAGAAGAUCCUUAGUCAGUCAAAAUGGCUGGAGCAUGCGUCAAAGUAAAUCUGCCGAAGCAGAAG